AUGGAUACGUUAGAUGCACACGUACUGCCUCCGGACAUAGAAGUCGCACCGGCGUCUGAAGUCUGGCUUUCCCUGGCUAGACAGCGGCUAGCCGACUACCAUGCGCAAAUGACAUCUCCCAAAACCCCUCACACCUCCGAACGUGCCGCGGAGCUGUCGCGCGCGAUGCGCAAUGAAGCGCGUAUCCUGGAACACCUGAGCAAACUUUUUGUAGUCCAAUGGCAUGCAGACGCCCCCGGCAUUCACAAAUUGCCCAAUGAGAUAUUGGAUUACAUAUUCAGCUUAGUUGCCGAAAUGGAUCGACCGUGCCCGCCGUACGAUUGCCGUUCCCAUAGUGCCGCCGAAGAGAAGUUCUGUCGCCUAUCGAACAACCGUGAGGAUGCGUAUACGGAGAUUUACCCUGCUUUGGGCAGUGGUGGUUAUCUUGGGUGGCUGCGCCUAGGACACGUCUGUCGAUCAUGGAGAGCUUCUCUACUAGGUCAGCCCGCGCUCUGGGCUUCAGACGUUGGGAUCUUGCCCAGAGGAUGGGAUGCCAUGAUCGAGCGCUCCCGGAAUAUGCCGUUGAGCAUUCGGGUUUAUAGUUCCCCAUGUCGAUUCGAAGGCAAAGCCGUGAUCGAUGCGAUCUCGCGUCUAGCCCCACUUCACCCUAUACUGCGACAAGUGCGUGAACUGGAUCUUAUCGACGCAUGCUCAGGUCGCCUUGAGCGACUAGACGGCCUCUUCAACUCGUGCACCUUUCCGUGUCUCAGGCGUGUAGCCAUCGAUGGUCAAUGGCGACCCGUUCAGCCGCUCCUCGCCCUACCCAAGAUCCAAGCACCGCAGCUGCGCUCAUUGCAGCUAAGCAAUACCUUCUAUCGCUGGACAUCGUCCGUCCUCAGUUCUUUAACAGUGGGAGACGGUGAUGAUCCCUUUGCCGCCGGUUUGUCACUGAGCAAUGAGCAUGUCAUGUAUAUGCUACAGGCAUCGGCUUCCAGUCUUGAAUCGCUCACUCUAUGCGGAUCUCUCCUGCAAGAAGGCGCCAAUCCAGAUGAUCAAGUGAUGCCCACAAUCGCAUUGAGUCGACUUCGAUACUUGCGCAUAGACGCGGAAAUUCUUGGACCGGGGUACUGGGAACGAUAUUCGAGGGCUCUGGCUUCCGUCAGAGUGCCGCCGACGGCCAGGAUAGUGCUGAAUGCGUUAUCAGAAGUCGACGAAGACGUGCAGUUCACCCUCGGCACAGAAGAGAUCAUGGACACCAACGUUGACGUCGUGACGGACUGCCUCAGGGCUAGACAGGGAUGCAAUCUUGACGGACUCGUUAUCUCGGGAUGCCCCAACGCGGUUAAUCCUGGAGAUCGAGAAACACUCUCAUUCGCAUUCUAUUCCGAUGCCAAUGGUCAACUGCCGGCGCUGGACAGCAUUGACGGCGACAGUGAUCAGCCGCAAUCGUCGCUUUUUAUGUCCUUCAGAUAUCUGACGGAAGUUGAAUACGACCCUUCCCUCUCCUACCUGCUUACAUUGCAUCAAUCAGACGCAUCCGUCCUCGCCCAACUUACUUCAAUGGCGUAUAUGGCGGACCUAAAGUUUCAGGACCUAUUGGGAAUCAGACGCACCUUUUCAUCGCUACUGGAAGCGAGCACUCACGUCCGCACAUUCGCCCUUCGAGAUGCUCCUUUGAGCGCCAGCGAAGACGAGGAUGUUGACGAGGACGAUUGGCACUCUCUCAUGUGCAUGCUCGGUGGCCCAGUCUUACCAGAGCUGGAGUGCCUCAUGUUGUACGAUGUUGUCAGCCUCCUAACGCUUCGCGGCGUCUUACGAUCCAGGAUGCGCGCAUUCAGUGAAUGUGGGCAGAAUGUCCCUAAACUGAAAGAGCUGCGGGUGUACAUGGUCGACAACGACGCCGAGACAUCGGAUAAUGAUACCCCAGCCGUGCUUCCACCACCUUUGUACGAGUUUGCGGACUUGGUCAUCUUGAAUGUAUAG